CCGGUAACUCUUUGCUGGUUAGGUUAGAAAUGCAAAAACCCCCCUUGGGCGGCUCCGAAGAAGACAGGUCCUGUAUGGCCUUAUACCGACUAAUGAAAGGAACACUCUUGAUUCAUCAGCCUGUAACUUUUUCCUGGCUAGAAGCAGUACACCCCCUUUGGUUUGACAAGAUGUGGAUGCAUUAUGCAUCAUUUCGUUGGCCUGAUUCAAAGGAUCUACGUACCGCUGUCAUGAGAUUAGUGUGCCAGUUAACGGAUUUGAUGCAUGACGCUGAACAUUCAACAAACUACGAUAGAAUACCUAUUUGUUGGGAUGAUAACGAGGUUGAAAGGAUCAGGAGACUAAUUCGGAAAUACGAGGAAGGGCAGAAGUUGUGUACUACAAGAAGAUUUUACUAUUGAGCAGUUUUGUAGUGAUAUGAUUAAUUAUAACCUUAGAUCAUUUCUGUGUGAGAUUGCACGGUAUUUACCUCCGGAAAUUAUCCUCAAAUAUAACCUCGUGUAUGAGGAUUGAACACUAUCUGUUUAGUUUACUAUACAUAGGAUUAUACAAUGCAUUCAUAUUAAAUAAAUACCUGACAUAUUGA